AUGUCAUCCGAACAGCUGAACGUCAUCGCAUUGGUCUCGGGCGGCAAAGACAGUUUCUUCUCCGCCCUGCACUGCCAGAGGAACGGGCACCGGCUCGUCGCCCUCGCCAACCUCUUCCCGGCCGCCCCUGUCAGCGCCGGUUCCGACGCCAGCGCGGCGACCAUCGUUUACAAGCCCAACGGGGAUCACGUGAAGGUCGCCAAGAACCAGCGCGAGGAAGGAAACGAGGCUGGGAAAGGGGCCGAUGACGACGUCGACCUGAAUAGUUUCAUGUACCAGACCGUCGGUCAUCAGGUCAUCCCCUUGUAUGCGGACGCCACGGGUCUGCCGCUCUACCGCCAGCCCAUCUGCGGAGGCGCCAAGUACGAUGGCAGAGACUACGACUCGCAGGCCGCCUCGGCGCGAAACAGCGACGCGGAUGAGACGGAGAGCAUGGUGCCGCUCCUCCGCGCCAUCAUGGCCGACUACCCGGAGGCCAAUGCGCUGUGUGCGGGAGCGAUCCUGUCAACGUACCAGCGGACACGAGUGGAAUCCGUCGCGCUGCGCCUGGGCCUUACUCCGCUGGCAUAUCUCUGGAAGUACCCCACGCUGCCCCCGGUCGUCCCGGGAGUCGUCGAGGACGCCCAGCUGCUUCACGACAUGGCCGCUGCCGGGCUGGACGCGAGGGUCAUCAAGGUCGCGAGCGCGGGGCUCGAUGACGACUUUUUGUGGGAGAAGGUGAGUAGCAUACCGGGCGCCUCUCGUGUGAAACGUGCCCUGAGAAAGUUUGGCGCUGCCGAGGGUUCCGUCAUUGGCGAGGGAGGCGAGUUCGAGACGCUCGUGCUCGACGGCCCUCCCAGUUUGUUCCACAAGGCCAUUGAGGUGCCCGAGUCCGGUAGACGGGUCGUCAGGGAGGGCGGCGGCACGUCGUGGUUGAGCUUCCAAGGGGCAAGUGUCCGAGAAAAGCCGGCCCCUGAGACGGACAUGGGAGAAAGCUGCUCCCCGCCCCGAGUCCCAGACGUCUUGGAUCCCAGGUUUCGAUCCUUGCUGGACUCGCCGCCUCAACCCGAGGAAGGCCUGUCCGAAAACGACUUUGCGAAAGGCGACGGCACGACGUCGGCAUUGUCCAAAGCUCCUUCCAACGACAUUCACUGGUCUCUCGACGCCAGAGCGGGACCGGGACAGAGACUGUCCGUCGAGCAACAGACUGAGGAGAUAGUCCGGCAAGUUCGAGAGCGCCUCGCUGCACAUUCUCCGCCGUUGCCCACAACGGCCAUCACCAAUACCAUCAUCGCCCUGAGUUCCAUGUCGGAUUUUCCCGUGGUCAACAAGAUCUACAGCAAGCUGUUCCAGCAUCCCAACCCCCCAUCCCGCGUAACUAUUUCUUGUGGCGAUCUCCAGGAGGGAAGUGCGAUCAACAUCCAUCUGACGGUCAAGCCGCGCCUGGAACAUCGCGAGCGGAAUGGCCUCCACGUCCAGUCACGGUCCUACUGGGCGCCUGCGAACAUCGGUCCGUACAGCCAGGCCAUCGACGUGCCCCUGAUCGUUCAGGGAGUGUCUCUAUCUCGGGACGGGCAAGAAACUAUUCCUACGGGGACCAGAUCGGUGAUGAUCGCAGGGCAGAUCCCGCUCGUACCGGCGAGCAUGGUCUUGCCUGUCCAGAAGACAGGCAACUUGGAAAUGCAAGUCGUCCUGUCCCUACAGCAUCUCUGGCGCAUAGCCGCCGAGAUGAAGGUACAGCUCUGGACCAGCGCGGUUGCGUACUUCCCGCAGACACCGGAAGAUGCGGACAAGAGACGCCAAAGUCGCCUCGCUGCCGCAGCUUGGAAGGGCGCGCACGCCCCCGACGAAGACGAGGAUGCGGAUAACGAAGGCGGGCCGGAUCUGUGGGAUCGAAAGUUCAAUCCGGCGUACAUGUCACUCGGAGACGACGCCGCGGCGCCUCCGAAACUCCCAGACUGGUCCGUCGUCAAGGGCGUGGCCGAGGAGGGUGACGGGGGAGAUGGCAGGAAGCCAGUGCCUCCUUUCUUCGCGGUCGAGGUCGAGGAGCUCCCCCGGCAGGCCGGCGUGGAAUGGCACGCUCAUCUGGGCAUCGCGGGUCUGGCGCCGUCGUCGGUCGAGUACCAGACCUUCAACCUCGAGCCGUCGGAUGGGGAACCCUUUUACAGACGCGUCUGCCAUUUCGUAGUCUCGGGGAGGCUAGUCCAUACGACUGUAUCCUGGCUCGCGAGGCGCGGCCGGGGCGCCCGCCCGCCGUCUUCCCUCUCCGACGUGGGUGAGUGGAUGAGGCGUGCGUACCUGAAGUCCAUCGGCAGCGAGCAGCGCGCUUCAGAGGCCGGGUUCCCGUACCUGAUGUACCUGAACGUGCCGGGAUGUCCGUUUGCGGCCGCGGCGCCUGCCGAUGUCGGGAAGGAGGUGGAGCGGAUGACGGCGUACGUCAAGGCCAAGUCCAUCUAUGACGAGAACGGAGAGCUUAUUCUUGCUAUUGGUUUGUGGAAGUAG